GCAUUAUCGACGCAUCACAAUCAGCUGAGAGCUGGAAAAUUGAGCCAACCAAUCACGCUACCUACCGCGUACCGCUGAAGCUGAUUGCUGAAUGCUGAAGAAUCCGUUUCAGAUUCAAAUGUUCUGUGAUAUGGCAAAUAAUUAGUUGGUUAUUAAAUUUUCAAGAUUAAAAUACUUUUUUAUUAUUUUAACUCAUAUAAUUCAUUGAAAAAUGGAGAGUAUCCUCGAAAAAUUGCUUGCUGAUAACAAUAGCAUUCAAGAGGAAACAAAAGAACUUCGUGAGGCCUUCGAGGAUCCCGGAGUUAUAUCUUCAUUGUGUAACGUUCUUGUAUCUUCGAGCAAUCCACAAGUUCGACAAAAUGCAGCUGUUCUUCUCCGGAAAAGGCUAUCUAAAUCACAGCAUUGGACCAGACUCAGUGCUGAAGCAAAAGCUGGCAUCAAAGAAGGUUUGAUACAAGUGUAUGUCAAGGAGCAGGAGAAAGUGGUGAAGAACGCGAUCGUUCAACUGAUUGGAACAAUAAUGAAACUAGAGUCCGGUAAAUUGGGUUGGCCAGAGAUGAUGGAGUGCUUGAAAAUGUGGGUCAAUAGCAGUGUACUGGAGGAGAAAUUUCUCGGCCUGUUUGCCUUGAGCAUUCUAGCGGAAGUGGUGCCUGAUGUGUUCAUGGAGCAAUACCCGGUUGCCUUGUACUUCAGCCAAAUGCUAGUGCAGACUCUGCGCAUGCCAGACAUCUCGGCAAGCCCGCUCGCCCAUCUAACUCUGGUCUGCCUGGCCCACUUCGCUCCUCCUGUACAACAUGAUCAAAUAGCAGCUCUGUACACGGAGUCGAUUCCGACGAUGUUGGCGUUAAUCGGCGACUUGGCCAAGAACCUGCGGGGCAAUUCGGCCCUGGAAGCGAUGCAGGUAAUCGACAAGCUGCUAGAGAACAACCCAGCCGUGUUGCAGCCCCACCUCAGACUGCUCGUCAACUUCUGUCUGGACAUCGCCUUCACCCGGCUGCCCAGCAUCACUGACGAGAUGCGCAACAAAGUGUUCAACACGCUCAGCGAGGUGGUCAGGGUCAAGAAGAGGGUGAUAGUUUGCGACGACCUGGUCUCGCCGAUACUGCGAGUAGUGUUCGAGCUGAUCGGAAAGAUCCCGGCAGGGAGCGGGGAUGGGGGAGAGGAGGAGAAACAGGAGGAGUACUUUGUGGAAUACGAGGAUGACUCCACCCCCACCACUUGCGCCAUUCAGCUGUUGGACACCAUGGCGCUGCAUCUCCCACCUGAUAAGCUCCUGCCUUUGCUGAUGGAAUGCGUGGAACCGAGCGUGACCAGCGCCGACCCUUGCGCUCGGAAGGCGGCCUACCUGAGCAUGGCAAUGGUGUCCGAGAGAUGCGCAGACUAUGUGCGCACCAAACACCUGGAGCAGUUUCUGCGCUACGUGCGUCAGGGCAUCACCGAGCAGAACACCCCAGUCAGGAAUGCCGCCCUCUUUGCGCUCGGACAGUUCUCCGAGCACUUGCAGUUCUACAUAAAUAUGACUGAAUCAAGUACUGACAAAGGCCAUAAAGUUAUUGAUCAAUUAAAGUCAAUGUCUGGAAUACCCAACUUGUCAUUGUUCUUAUUAGAGGCAAGAACUUAUGAAGAACUCCACAAUUAUAUUUUUGUGAAGAAUCUCACCGGAUUCAGCUCCUAAAAAUAUUAUUCGCGCAAGUGGACGAUAAGCUGGAAUCUAUGUUGAAUUCUACCUCGAAAGAGAGUCUGAGAUACUGGACACUUUACAAAACUUGUGUGUCUCAUACGGGUUCACUAAUCAAGAAAACUCAAGACCUUUCAUUAUUGGUAAAAUGUCUCUUGAAAACCAAUGUUCGAUUUGGGAGAAGAUUAUUGAAGGAAUCAAGUUGAUCAUGAAUUACGAGAACUUUUCAAAUGAACUGGAAAAUGAUAUCGUGAAAGUGAACAUGUUCUUUAAAAAUCCACUUCUGGAUGAAUUUCUAAGUUUCUUACCCAGAGAAACUGGUCAGGAGCAACAACUCAACCAUUGUGACUCCGCCACCCUUGAUUGUCAUAUACAAAAUACCAAAUUGAAACUUGAACAUUACAAGGACCGGGAACUAUCAAGUACUGAAGAUGAACAAAGUGCACUUGAAUACAAUGUUCCAUCGCUUCUGCAAAUGCAACAAAAUCUACAGGAUUCUAUCCAGAAAUGGGAAAUUGGAUUUCAAAGUAAUCUAGAAAGCAAUCUGAAUAACACAUCGCCGGAUAAGGCUGCUAUCGAACUAUCGAACAAACAAAAUAAUGUACGAAUUUCCCAAAACAUCAAAACUCUUCGAUCUUCUUGUUCCAGAAUUGAAAAGAAUUUGGAAAAUCAAAAGGUAGUAACAGAGCUUGCAGAUCGAGUUACAAGAUCGUAACCGAUGGUGAGAAGAUUCAAUCUUGAUUCCAUUGCGAAAUUGAUUUUUAUAAGUUAUUAGCUUUGAAUGUAUAAUUUUGAAAAUAAUAAUAAUAAUAAUACCUUUCCAAACAUUAUAUAUGUAUUAUUACCCUAUCGAUAUUUAUUUUUAUCUUUAAAAUUGUACGCUAACUUACUCUUUUUUUAAUAAAACCUAAAUAAACUAAUUUAUUUUUUAUCA